GUCUUUAAAGGAUGUGGAGGAGGAGGAAGCGGUCAUGCUCCGGACAAAACGGCAAACGGUGUUGACUGAGAAAAGAGACGAAGAAAGUUUCAUGAAAAAUAAUUCUGCAGGAGAAGAAGAAAACGAAAAAGAAGAAGAAGAAGAAGAAGGAGGAGCAGGAUGGAAGUGAAGUCACACUGCAACGGUUUUGACACCACUGAGGGUGCAGCCAAUAAGAAAAUAAACCAAUCACAAUGCAUCUCCAGUCAGCCGACAGCCAGUGUGAAGCUCCAACAUCACGACACAGAGGAGGCUCCGCCCCCUCUCACUGAUAGGUCAGAAAACGGUGACCUCAGUGAUCGCUCUUUGACAGGCAGCUCCUCCACUCAUGACAUCUCUCGGCUGCUUCCCUCCCAGCCUGCCUCUGCUCUCUGGAAACAGAAAGGUACGGACAAGUCUACAGUGUCCCCAGGUCCUGUCUGUACUCCUCCUCAUCCUCCUCCACCUCCUCCUCCUCCUCAAUCAACCACCUGUAACAGAUAUAGCUGCAGCCUUCAACAUCAUCAUCAUCAUCAUCAGAGCACCAAUCAGAAGCAUCUCCCCUCCACUAAAAGCCACAGCUCCCUCAGGAUGGAUGCUGCCCACCUCAAGGAGGUUGCUGGAGAUGGAUGUCACUCUCAUCACUCCUUCAGUCGGGUCAGAAACAACAGCACACCUCUCAACAUGUAUCCCGCUGGCUGUGGCAUCCAGCUGGAGGCCAGUCGAGACGUCCAUAACCCGAGUCACAAUGACGGAGAUGAUUCGUGCCACAUCUCCAAGAUGCCCCCAGGCUGGAUCCGAGAGGUGAGGCAGAGGAGAGCAGGCAAGACAGCAGGCAAACUGGAUGUCUACAUUACAAGUCCCCAAGGGCAGAAGUUCCGGUCAAGGGCAUCGCUGGACGCUUUCCUCCAAAAAAAUGGAGACGGCAACUUGGACAUGAACCUCUUUGAAUUCACUGCAUCCAAGGAUAAUGUCAUCACAAUACCACAAAUACUCCCCACCCAGAGGAAACUGGGGAGAAGAAAAAAACAGAAGGAGACAACUCAAGAUGCAACAGAUAUUCUGGAUCCACCUCCAAAUAAAUCUAAAAGGAGUAAUGAAGAGGAAAAUGUCAAGAGUUCCAAUGACACUAACUAUACUAAUACUAACAUUUUACCAGAAGUGUGUAGAGACAAAACUGACGAGACAGUGGAGGUCUGCGUACAAGCUGUACCUUCAGCAGUAGUAGAUGUUCUGCAGAGGAGCCCUCAGAGAGCCAUCGGCCUGAGAGAAAAGCUGCUCCGACUAGCUUCGCCUAGCAAACAGAAAAACACUUCUUGUGCUCAGGAGGACGAACGGGCAGACUCGGAGCCUUCUGUCCCAACUCUGAAUGUCGAACCUCCCACUGAGAGCGAGGAGGAGGAGGAGGGUGAAGAUGGACGAGGAGGAGGUGGAGGUGAGAUACAGAUUCACAGCGAAGGCGUUGACAAGCCUAAUUCUGAACUGGAGACUGAUGCUGAUGGUCAUCAGGAUGUGGAAGAGGAGGUGUUGUCACCUGACAUCACUGUCAGCUGUACGCCAGUGAGAGAUUCCCAGAACAACUCCAAGAGCUCGACAGACAAGCGAAAAACAAGCCCUUACUUCAGCGGGAAACUCUUAAAAGAUGGUCUCAGCCCUCCCAGGAGAAAGGCCUUCAAGAAGUGGACACCCCCUCGUUCUCCAUUCAACCUUGUACAGGAAACCCUUUUCCACCAUCCCUGGAAGCUCCUGGUUGCCACCAUCUUUCUGAACAAGACCACUGGCAAAAUGGCCAUUCCGGUGCUGUGGCAGUUCUUUGAGCGUUACCCAUCUGCAGAAGUGACCCGGGAGGCCGACUGGAAGUCCAUGUCUGAACUUAUGAAGCCACUUGGCCUCUAUGAGCUCAGAGCCAAAACACUCGUCCGCUUCUCAGAUGAAUAUCUAACUAAACAGUGGCGUUACCCCAUCGAGCUGCAUGGUAUUGGGAAGUACGGCAACGACUCCUUUAGGAUCUUCUGUGUGGGAGAGUGGAAACAGGUGACACCUGAAGAUCACAUGUUAAACAAAUAUCACGCUUGGCUGUGGGAGAACCAUGAAGCUCUCGGAAUGUGAAACACCAAGUUUUGAGGAACUGCAGGAAGGAAGAUUUAAGAUACAAGAACAUCACAUUAACACUGCUGUAAUCUGGCUGGAGGUAUCUUGAUGAACUGUGCUCAUAGCAUUAUGAUACACACGCUUAUGUUCAGGUUUAUGUUAAACAUGAAUCGCCUUGAAAUCAUGCAGUGAUGCUCCGGAGAUGUCAUUGUUUUCUUUUGUUUGAAAAGUUUUACUCUGUGUGUAAUAAAUUGUUUUUAAGUGGUUUGAAAGUUGAAA